UGUAAAGAGUUUUAUGAUUUUAUGGGAAUGAUUGUUCCCAUUGUUCACAUAACAUCUCAAACCUGAAUAACCAGUGUUAACAGUUUUCGUUCUCAGAGCCACUCCUGUUUCUGGAACGAGUCCUCCCUCUCUCUGACAUGUUUAUAUGACGUGAAAUCUAAUCAGCCAUCUCUCAGUCAUCACACACCUGCUCGUCAGAAAGUUUAGCUCGGUUCAACAUGGCACAAGGAAUUCAACUUGAACGAGAAAGGUUCUCCUGUUCGAUCUGUCUGGAUCUCCUGAAGGAUCCGGUGACUAUUCCCUGUGGACACAGCUACUGCAUGAACUGCAUCAAGCACCACUUUGAUGAAAAUGAUCACAGGAGCAUCUACAGCUGCCCUCAGUGCAGGCAGAUCUUCAUAACGAGCCCCACCCUGGUGAGAAAUAACAUGUUGGUGUUUGUAGUGGAAGAGCUGAAGAAGACGGCGGCCCAACCCAAGGUCCAAACUGCUCCUGUUGAUGUCUACCAUGCCAGACCUGAAGAUGUGGCCUGUGAUGUCUGCAACCUGAAAGCCUUUAAAUCCUGUCUGCAAUGUGUGGCUUCUUUUUGCAAGGAACACCUCCAGCCUCACUAUGAUGUAGCUCCGCUAAAGAAACACAAGCUGGUGGAGCCCUCCAAGAAGCUCCAGGACACCAUCUGCUCUCAUCAUCAAGAAGUGAUGAAGUUGUUUUGCCGUACUGAUCAGCAGUGUAUCUGUUAUCUCUGCUCCAAGGAUGAACAUAAAGGCCACGACAAAGUCUCAGCUGCAGCAGAAAGGACUGAGAGGCAGAGAGAGCUCUGGGUCACUCAGAAGAAAAUCCAACAGAGAAUCCAGGACAAAGACAAAGAUGUGAAGUUUUUUCAGCAGGAGGAAGACGCUGUUAGUCAAUCAGCUGAGAUUGCACUGAGGAACACUGAGAAAGUGUUCACCGAGCUGACCCGUAUCAUUGAGAGAAGAUGCGCCGAUGUGAAGGAGAAGAUCAAAUCCCGGGAGAAAACCGAAGUGGGUCGGUUCAAAAAGGUUAAAGACAAGCUGGGGCAGGAGAUCACUGAGCUGAGGACGAGAGACGCUGAGCUGGUGAAGCUCUCGCACACAGAGGACCACACUCAUUUCCUAUUAAACUACCUCUCGUUGUCACGUCUCUGCGAAUCUACACAACUACCCACCGUCAAUGUCCGCCGUCUCCGCUACUUCGAGAAGGUUACAGUGGCUCUGUCAGAAGCCAGAGAUAAAAUUCUGGAGGUUCUUGGUCAGGAAUACGCAAAGAUCGCAGAGACAGUAGCUGAAGCCGAUGUUUUACCACAAAAUCCACAAGCGGAGCCAAAGACCAGACCUGACUUCUUACGGUAUGCAUGCCAAAUAACACUGGACCCAAACACUGCAAACGCACGUCUGUCGAUAUCUAAGGGGAACAGAAAGGCAGCGUUCACGAGAUCAGAACAGCAAUGUUCUCAACAUCCGGAGAGGUUUGCAUGUUCCUGGCAGGUCCUGAGUAAAGAGAGUCUGACUGGACGUUGUUACUGGGAGGUGGAGAGGAGCGGCAGAGGAGUCUUAGUAGCAGCCUCGUACAAGAACAUCAGCCGAGCAGGGACCUUCGACGAAUGUGUGUUUGGACACAACGAGAAGUCUUGGGCACUGGAUUGUUACAAAAACAGUUACGAAUUCACGCACAACAACAUAAAAACUCCCAUCCCAGGAACGUGGUCCUCCAGAGUUGGAGUGUACCUGGAUCACAGUGCAGGUAUUCUGUCCUUCUACAGCGUCUCUGACACCAUGACUCUCCUCCACAGAGUCCAGACCACGUUCACUCAGCCUCUCUAUGCUGGACUUUGGCUGUCGGAUGGAGCCAGUGCUGAGGUUUGCCAGUUAAAGUAGUCAGUAGUCGGUGUCAGUCAAACAACGGGGGGUAAGGGGAGCACUGUGACAACUUUGUG